CCCCCUUCUGACUUUUAAUCCUCCUGAUGUAGCCACAGUUUGACGGAGAGAGUCUCUUCAAGCCAGAAAGAAAGUUUGGACAUGAAAACACUCAACUGAUAGAGAGGUGAAUCUUUUUCCUGUGCGGCAUCAUGAAGCCUCUGCUGCGCUCCAGCGUCCCUCUAUGGACUCUUCUGGUCCUCAGCGCUCUCCUCAAGGUCUCCCAAGCAGAAUGUGACAGUGGAGAAUGUGAAAGCAAUGGAACAAUGACAUUAACAACGACAACAACAGAAGUAAUUUUUGGAUCCACACAAAACUGUAACCUCUCAAUUGGGAACAAUAUCUCUGGAGACGGUUUGAUAACUGGUUUGAUCCCUGGAGCGGUCUAUCAAAUCUUCCUUGAGUGUUUCAACUGCUGCAAAACGGCCACAACAAAGCCUGGACAAGUCAUGCACCUUGCUGUCAAUGAAACUGUCAUCACGACAUCCUCUAUAUUUGUGACGUGGACUAAACCAGAGGGAAACAGCUCUUCCUACAAAGUACGGUGGACUGAUCGAACAACUAACAGGAAUGCCAAUGUCAAUGAAACAAACAUGAAUAUCACUGGCCUGACUGCUGGGGUCCUGUAUGACAUAAGUGUAGUUGCAGUGGCAGAUGAUGGCUGGACUGAAGGAGGAGAAAGCAAUGUUUCUCAGUACACAAAGCCUGAAGUAGUCAGGAACCUCACUGUCACUCAGACCACAACAUCCUCUAUAUCUCUGAUGUGGACUGAACCAGAGGGAAACAGCUCUUUCUAUAGAGUACAGUGGACUGGUGGAAAUGUAACUGACAGUGACAAUGUGACUGAAACACAUAAAAGCAUUACUAACCUGACUGCUGGUGUCCAGUAUGAAAUAAGUGUCACUGCAGUGGCAGGUAACGGCAGUACCACAGGACGGAGUGAAGCUGUUUCUAAAUACACAAAGCCUGAAGUAGUCAGGAACCUCACUGUCACUCAGAUCACAACGUCCUCUAUAUCUCUGAUGUGGACUAAACCAGAGGGAAACAGCUCUUUCUAUAGAGUACAGUGGACUGAUGGAAAUGUAACUGACAGUGACAAUGUGACUGAAACACGUAAAAACAUUACUAACCUGACUGCUGGUGUCCAGUAUGAAAUAAGUGUCACUGCAGUGGCAGGUGAUGGCAGUACUGCAGGACGGAGUGAAGCUGUUUCUAAAUACACAAGACCUGGUAAAAUUGUAAGAUUUGAUUACUCUACAAACACAUCCUCCAUCUCUCUGAACUGGACCUCACCUCCUGGUGAGGUGUUCAUGUACAAGGUGGAGUGGCAUAAUGGUGAAGCAACGAUGAGCCGAUUCACACACAGUACCUCUGCUGUGCUAUCAGACCUGCUCGCUGGUACUCGCUACACAAUCACAGUCAUUGCCAUAGCGGGAGACAAUCACACAGACGGAGAGGGGUACACAUCCACUGUAGUCACAAAACCUGAUAAAGUUAGGAAUCUCUCCAUCACUGAAGUCACAAAAUCGUCUGUGUCUCUGGACUGGACUCAACCAGAGGGCAAUGCUACUUCAUACAUAGUUCAGUGGACUGCAGGAGGAGACACUCCUAAUAACACCACUACUGACACCUCCUCUACUAUCUAUGGUUUAGUACCCGGAUACCAGUACAACAUUACAGUGGCUGCUGUUGCUGUAAAUCCCUCAAACAUUGGAGAAGGAACCCUUAAAACUACCUUCACCGAGCCUGAAAAGCCUGAGAACAUCAGGAUUACAGCACGAGGAACCAAUUACCUGAGCAUCAGCUGGACUUUACCUGAAGGGAGGGUCGAUCACUAUGUAGUGAACAUCUCAAAUGAGGAACUGACAUAUCUGUAUAGCAACGAAACAUCUGCCAACACAGCCCACCUCACUGGUUUAUAUCCCGGGAGAAUCUAUUUCAUCAGAGUGGCCUCUGUAGCUGGAAACUUCAUGGAGGUGUCUGAUCGGGCUUCAUUUGCCACUGAGCCCACACCUCCUGGUCCCAUCAUCAUCAGUCAGAGGACAAACUCUUCACUCCAUCUGUGGUGGCUGACUCCUGAUGGGAUGGAGGGUGCCCCAGACACCAGCUACAUUAUCACCUUCCAGCCUGAGGGUGGCGCAAUACAGACUGAAAACUCCUCAGUCAAUAACACAGAGUUGUCCUCACUGUCUUCUGGAACCUCCUACAAUAUAACUGUGCAAACAGUCAGACCCCAGAGUUUAAGGAGCAGUCUGGUUCAUAAUUCUUUUUUCACCCUUCCCAACCCUGUGUUGAACCUCGAAGCUAGCCCUCAAUCCAACACCUCGAUAGUAGUGAAAUGGUCAGACCCACAGGGAGUCCAGCCGUAUUACAAAUACUUGGUUCAAACCUACAGUACUGCAGGGACACUGUUUAACGAAACAGUCAGCAAUAACAGCACUGAUGUGCCCAACCUGGAGCCAGGAACUAGAUACGACGUCAGUGUCACGACAAUAGCAGCAACAGGAAGUGAAUCCACGGUGGAGCAGACAUUCAGCUACACAAUGCCCAACGCAGUGACUGACCUCACAGUGGAGGAUGUGAACACAACGGCCAUCCGGCUGACGUGGCUCAGACAAAGUGAUCAUAAGCCAUCCUACUCCUACCUGGUGAUAGCGUUCCAGGACGCCAGGAUGUUUAAGAAUGAUUCAACGAAGAAUGAGACUUACACCUUUGUUAAUCUGACCCCUGGAGAACUGUACACUUUUGAUGUGUUUACAGUUGUAGAGGGGGUCCAGUCCACAGUGGAGAGCAUAUCAACUCACACAAGGCCUGAAGCAGUUUCUGUCAUCACAGCCAUAGGAAACACAACUACCAUGUUGGUUAGCUGGACACAAGCAGCUGGGCAGGUGGCCUCCUACACUGUCCUGCUGUACAAAGAUGCACAGGUCGUGGAAAGUGACACAGACCUGAGCAACGCUACUGUGGACAAACUGUUUCCGAAUCUGACACCAGGAGUGCUUUACUGUGCAAAAGUGGUCACCAAAAGUGGACCUUUUAAAACUAACAGCUCAGAAGUUUGCAAUGCAACUUUUCCCAACCCUCCUGGUCCCAUCAUGGUGGAGUCUCAGACUGUGAAGUCCAUCAACUUCACCUGGCCCUCUCCAGAGGACAUGGACCAUAAUCAGUACAACUUCACAGUGUCCAGCUUUAAUGGCUCCUCUCUGACGGGAAACAACUGGUUCCUGCUGAACAACCUCCAAUCUGGAAGCCCCUACAAUAUCUCCGUUGUUACUGUGGGUGUGAGGAACUAUGAGAGCACAGCAGUGACAACAGAAAACUAUACCAGACCGUACCCUGUGACCAUGCUGAGACAGACAGAAAUCACCACAAGUGAAGUGACCUUGGAGUGGGAGCAGCCGGAGAGCAAACCUGAGUAUUCGUAUGUGGUGCAGACCACAAACGGGUCUUUUCCUGUGUCUGAGACAGUCUUUGACAGAACCACAACAAUCAGAGAACUCCUCUCUGGGAGUAACUACAGCUUCACUGUCACCACACAGACAGCAGAUGGCACUCAGGCAGAUCCUAGGACAGUGUCCUACUUUACACGUCCGUAUAGAGUUGGAUCGUUGGAAGCUAAGACCCUGAACACAACUGCUGUACGUCUGGUUUGGACAAAACCACUGCAAUAUAAGAGUGACUACACAUAUCGACUUGAGACUUCAGGCUGUGGCUCAAAAAACAAAACCUUCGCAGGAGUAGAUGCAGAGAUCUCAGAGCUCACCCCAGGGACCAACUGCACCUUCUGUGUUUCGGUCAGGGCAGCGGAUGACACUGAAGGACAAGCACGCUGCACCUCUCAGUACACUAAGCCUGAGGCAGUGCAACCCAGUAUCUCCAGCCAGGGCUCCAAUAGUUCCAUCCUGGUGUCAUGGCCCAAACCUUUUGGGAAUGUGGAGCAUUAUAAAGUUUAUCUGAACAACACUUUCACAUCUCCAGAGGAGGAAAAGCUGGACUCCACAAUUACCUUUCUGUUUGACAACUUGCUUGCUGGAAGGCUUUACACUGCCGUGGUGUUCACAAACAGUGGACCCUUCAAUGCAUCGUCUGAAUUUGUUACCAAUGCAACUUUCCCUAACCCUCCUGGGCCGAUUGACAUCCUGCAAAAGACAACCAGCUCUAUUGACAUCAGGUGGGGGGAAGCACCUCUGAUGUCCGGUGCAUCGUUCCACUACCAGUUGACUAACCUACCACUCCAGGGAGGAGAAUACAUCCGCACCAACAACACCAGUCAUACUUUUACCCCUCUGCUUUCUGGGACUUCCUACACCAUCUCCGUAGCAACAGUGGGUGUGAUGGGUUUUGAGAGCGAGAAGGUUCAGAUCCACAUGGUCACCACAAGACCGUUCAAUGUGAAGCUUCUCACGGCUUCUCCAGCAGAGGAGAGCAUCACAGUGAUGUGGGCCGUACCUGACCAAUACAAGGAAAGCUAUCGAUACAAUCUGACCUGGCAAAGCUCAGAUGGGUCCAUUGAUAAUAGACUGAUUGCAGAAAAUGCAUCAGUAAUCGAACAGCUGGUUCCUGGCACACGCUACAACAUCAGUGUCGCCACAGAGACGUCUGAUGGAACCAAGGGUGCCCCAAGAUGGAUUUCCAACUGCACAAAUGCAAGCCCGGUGACUGACCUCCAAUGUAAAGGUACAAACACAACAAAUGCAAAGGUCAUCCUGUCCUGGAGCAAACCCAAAGGCCAACACUCUGGCUUCCAGGUCACUGUAAACCAUGACGAGACCAUCAAAUCAACAAGCACCUGUUGUAAUUAUACUGUGCCCAACCUUCGUCACCAUACUGAAUACACGCUGACUGUGGAGACUCAGAGCUGCGGACGACCCAGCACUCCUAUGUCUCUUCCCUGCCAAACAGGCAUCACAAAUCCACCUAUUCCAGAGAACUCUCUGUCCCUGGUGGCGAGGAGUAGCACAGCGCACAACAGGUUCACCCUUCAGAUUAACUCCAGCCUGCUGAACAACAUCAACGGGCCAGUCACACAUGUUGGCGUGCUGGUGACAAAAAAACAACCUGAUGACACUUCUAAUUUGACAAAGUACUUGGGGAAAACUUAUAGACAGUGGAAGGCAGGGGACACUCCAGUAUACCUGGCAACAGUCAGAGAGAACGAGUUACAGACACGGAGUGGAGAGAGCAAUCUGAUCAUUGAAGUAGGAGACGAAAGCACAUGGGAGGACUACACUAAUGGUGUUCUGGAUGCCAAUGGAAAAUACCAAUAUGCUAUUGUGUUGUUCACUGCCCUGAAUCUGCAAGACAAGCUUGUGAAUUAUCAAGAAUCGCUGGUGUCAAUAACGCCCAUCUCUCCUGCUUUCACACUCCCAUCAAACCCAGUUGUAGUCAUUGGCAUUGCGGUUGGAGUAACAUUGGCGAUUUUUUUCGUUCUCCUCAUCAUCCUCAUCGGCUUCAUUAUCUACUGGAAGAGGUUAUCUAAGACAGAAACGUCAGACAUCCAGAUUCAUUCCAUGAGAGCCAAAGUAAGUGUGCCGGUGAGGGUGGAGGACUACGAGGCUUACUACAAGAAGCAGAGAGCAGACUCCAAUUGUGGCUUUGCUGAAGAGUUUGAGGACCUGAAGCUUGUUGGUACAGCUCAGUCUAAAACACACGCUCUGACGUUGGAGAACAAGCCCAAGAACCGCUACAACAACGUGCUUCCCUAUGACUCCUCUAGGGUGAAACUCUCUAUUAUCCAUGGGAGUCCAUAUGAUGACUACAUCAAUGCUAACUACAUGCCGGGUUACAACUCCAGGAAGGAGUUUAUUGCAGCUCAGGGCCCUUUGCCCACCACAGUGAACGAGUUCUGGAGGAUGAUCUGGGAGAAGAACGUACAGACUCUGGUCAUGCUGACACGCUGUAACGAACAGGGACGGGUGAAAUGUGAACAAUACUGGGCUCCUGGCAUCAAGCACUUUGACAACAUCACUGUGACAACAACCUCUGAAAUACCACUUGAAGACUGGACCAUCAGGGACUUUGACAUUAAAAAUGUGAAAACAGCAGAGACCCGUUCAGUGCGUCACUUCCACUUCACAGCCUGGCCGGAUCACGGGGUACCACAAACCACCGAGCUCCUCAUCAGCUUCAGACACUUGGUCAGAGAACACAUGGAUCAGUACUCCAGACACUCUCCUACUGUGGUUCACUGCAGUGCUGGUGUUGGACGCACAGGUACCUUCAUAGCCAUCGACCAUUUGAUCUUCCAGAUUGAAAGGGAAUAUUAUGUGGACGUGUAUGGCAUCGUCCACGAUCUGCGCAUGCACCGGCCCCUUAUGGUGCAGACAGAGGACCAGUAUGUGUUCCUAAACCAGUGUGCCAUGGACAUCAUCAGAUCAAGAACUGGAACCAACGUGGAUCUAAUUUACCAAAACACUGCCGCACUCUCUAUUUACGAGAACGUAGAGCCAAAAAAAGGUUACCCUAAAAACGGGUUCAAGAAUUCAAAGGUAUGAGAACCCGCUCAGGUCUUCCACUUAGCAAAGAAACUGAGCAGACAUUUGCAAAGGGAACACUUUAAACAGAGUCUGCUGUAUUUAUUUUUAUAUUUGUCACCCUUUUGUUAAGAAUCUUGUAGCUUUCUGGAUUUAAACCUUUAUUUUGUUGUAUUUAUUUGUUGAAAAUGUUGUGUGUUUAAUUAUGGAGGGAGCUGUAUAUGAAGAUACAAUAGGGCAGUGGUUCUUAACCUUUUUUUGUGUCAAGGACCCUUAAAUUAAUACACAUUAGGUGACGGUUAGGAUUUUGCCGAAGGGACUUCCACCUGAAAAGAUUUUGGUUUGGUUAGAUAUGAUUAAGAUGCCAAAUUCAGUUGAGAAGAGCGAAACCUAUGAUCAGAAUAGUCACUCGUAUGACUCUUGCUCACAGUGAGCUCACUUCUGUACCGCAUUAAAUAGAGAAAGAAACUAUUCCCAAUUUUUCUGGGGUACCCCCUGGAACUCCAAGGACCCUUGGAGGGCACUGGACACCUGGUUGAGAACCACUGCAAUAUAGGGAACAAAGUCACUGUGCGAAAAUAUUUGGAUCAUAUGUAAACUUUGGUCAAAUAUAAAAUUUGAUUCUCUGUUAGAACUGCAGAUGUUUCUAUUGCUCAGUUGUUUUUUCCUGCUUGUUUACUACUGUAUAUGACUUAGAGAUGAUUACAUUUUUUGCUCAGGUAAUGUACUGGAUGCUGUAAAUGUUUUAUUACAAAGAAAAAAUUGUAAUUGACGAAUUAAUUGAACUGCCUUGUACAAAGAAUUGCUGGUAGGAACACCACGUGCCUUUUCAAAGCCUGUAUGCUUUAGUGCCAGUAGGUGGCACUCUGUUAUUUUUGUCUUAAACUGAACAAGACAAACAGGGACUGUUAUAUUAUCUUGUUGCAGGAACCUUAAGAUUAAGUUCGUCAGAUCGUUCAGCUAGUUCUUUUUGCACCUGUAAAGCCAGUUUGAACUGUGCAAUGCCUUAUAAUGAAGGAGUUUUAUUGUGGUUUUGUAAAGACUUUUGUACGUGUAUACACUGUAGUCAAUGAUGCACUGGAUGCAUUUGUCUUUCUAUACACUGUCCACAUUUUUAAGCUAUUUAGAGAUGUUUUUCUUUAUUUUUAUUAAUCGGUAUCUGUGAUAAGAUUUUGCGAGUGCUUUGUAAAACUUUGGACCAAUUUGCUAUUUGCCCCACACAUUUGAUCAUUACAUUUUUUUGUAUGACAUUAUACAAAAGCUCAGGAACUCAGACAAUGAAAACGGAACAUUUCACUCGUGUUAGAAAAUCUGUUAUGCACCAGCGAAUACUUUGAAGAACUUGGAGGUCACACCGGUUGUUUUUGUUUUGUUAAUGUCCUUCUUCUCUACAUUGUACAUUCCUCAGAAAAAAAACAAAACCCAAACAUGUUAUGUCACUUCCUGCUGCAUAUCUGGUCUAUCUAAGGACAUUUCCUGUGUGUUAAACUCACCAGAGGAGCUUUAUUUUCAGCUCUAAAGGGCAGAAUUUUCCAUGAGGCAGGUACGUUUUUUUUAAUAGUGAUUGAUGUGUGCGGUUAGUCCAUGUUUUAUUUUUAUUGUAUGAUAAUGUACUUAAUGACUGAGAGCACUUAAUGCAAAUAGUCACAAAGUUGUAGGAUGUUUUUUAAAGGCUUUAUGAGAUGCUUGCUGGUACAAUGCAAAUAAAUGUCAAAGGGGCGAGGAUUUAAUGUUUGUGUACCCAAAAUGGGAUUAAAGAUGCUAUUACAUUUUUACCCCA